AUGGGGGUACUAAAAUUAAAAAGCGAGAAAAAGAAAAGGGAAAAGAUAAAGGAAACUAAAAUAGAUUAUGAAAGAUGUUUUAAAAAGACUAAAGUAAAAGAUAUAACAAAUAAAAAAGAUGAUGGAAAUGAAUUUGAUAUUUCCGUUUUUAUGAAAACAAAUCAUAGUUCAAAUAAAAUUCGACAAAUAAGUUAUGGUAAACUAGCUAAAAAUAUAAAAAGUAAUAAUAAUAUACUAUUUAAUAAUAUAGAAAAGAUAUUAGAAAUAUUUGCAAAUGGUAUUAUUGAAGAAGAUGAAUGUAUAAGGAAUUAUUCAGCAAAGAUUUUUUACUACAUCUUAAAUAGUUAUUUAAAUUGUGAUUCAUAUUUUAAUAAAAUAAAAACAAGUAUAUUUUAUUCUCUAAAAGGGAAUAUUGAAAAGUUAAGGAUAUCUAAUUUAGAAUUAUGUUAUAAUUUGUUUUUUAAAAAAAUAGAAUAUAGUCAUAAUUUUUUUUACGAUUUUUUAAAUGCAAUUUUAGACUGUUUUAUUUCAUUAUCAAUUGAUAUGAAGACAAAGAGUGUUAAAUAUAUUUUUCUUUUGUUUGAGCAAAAGGUACGAUAUAAAAGAAAUGGAAAAAUAAAAAAUGAAAAUAAUGAUACAUUAAGAACAGUAAGGAUGUGUAUUAAUGAGGAUGAGAGAUAUGAUGAAUUUGAAAAAAAUGAUAUAAAUUUAUAUUUUAAAAAAAAUAAUAUAUAUUUAGAAAAUGAUCAGGAUUGUAGAAAAGAAAAUGAAUAUGAAAGUGUAGUAAGACAGAAUAUGAUCAACAAUAGUUAUGACAACUUUUUAAUUAAAAAGGAUAUAAAAUCAAGUAUAAAUAUAGAUACUAAAAUAAAUAUAUAUAUAAAAAUGUUUAAAUGUUUAUAUAAUUAUUUAGAUGAAAUCGAAUGUAAUAAUAUGAAUAUAGAUAUAAUAUCAUUAUAUACAAAAAUAUCAAAAUGUAUAAUAUAUUUUAUAAAAAAAAAAAAAGCAAUUAUAAAGGUUGAUAUAAUUUUAUUAGUUAAUAAAUUUAUAAAAAAAAUGUUAGAACUAAUAAAUAAUAAAUUAAACAUAUUAAAUAACAUAUUUAAUGUAUCGAUUUUAUUAGUUUUUCGAUUUAUGGACAUGAUAUACCAUUUUAUUAUUAUGAUUAUAUUUUUGUGUAUAAAGGAUAUUAAUUUAUUUGAAAUUGUAAAGAAAAAAAUAUAUAUUGAUUUUAUUUAUCUCAUUAAAUAUUGUGUAACGAUUUAUCUAUAUGUUCUUACAGUGUUUGAUUUUUUUAAAAUAAAUGGCAAUAUUACAGAUAGUGUUGAAGAAUUAGACAAGAGCACUGAUAUAGAUAAGGCUACCAUAGAUAAUAAGCUCAACAACUUAUGUAAAAAUGAAAUAGACAACCAAGAAAAGGAAUUUGAGAAUAAACAGGUACGUGAUCGUUUUCAAAACGAUAAGAAAAAUUGUAAUGACAUACAGAAUGAUAUGAAAAAAUGGAAUAAAAAGGAAUUUGUCGUAAAAUAUUUUAAGAUAUUGAUAUAUUUUUAUGAUAUAUAUAUAAAUAUAAAAGAGAGUAAAAAAAAAAUGUUUAUAAAUUUUAUUAUAACAUUAGGAGAAAAAAAUUUAAUUCAGAUAGAGAAUAAUGAAAAUAAAAAAUCUAUAAACAUAAUAACAGAUUUGAUAAGAAAGAAAAUUGAAAUAUAUAAUUAUGAUAUUGAAGAAAAAAUAAUUUGUGAAUUUUUAUUAAAUUAUAUUAAUAGUUUUUCUGAAAAAUCAAUUGAAAAAAUAAUAUACUUAUGUUAUUAUAUCAUUAUUUUGUCUCAAACUAAAAAAAAAGACAAUAAAAAAAAUGAUGACAUGAAUUUGAUAGAUUCAUUAGAAGGAAGAACAACAGACAAAAGAGAAGAUAAGGAAAGUACAACAAUUGCUGAACAUUUUUUACAAGAGAAUUAUAAGAAUAGUGAUAACAAUCGAGAAGUGUUGACGUUGUCUUUUUUUACAACCCCAUUUAUGUUUACAUUUUUAGUUGAUUGUAGUUGUUUUAUAAAUAAUAAUUUUUUUGAAAUUUUUUAUAAAUAUAUAAAAAGAAAUGAUAAGAAGAAAAUAAUGGAAAUAUUGUUAUUUUUACAAAAAGAAGAGAACAUAAAUAUAGUUACAAAAAAUAUAUUUAACAGUUUUAUGAAUAAUUUAAUAUAUUUUUUAAAAAAUAGUGAUAGUAACAUUUUCAUUAAUAAUUUUGUAGGAUUUAUUUCUCUUAUUCAAAAUAAUUUGAAAUGCGAAAAUGGGAGUAGUAAAUUGAUGAAGGUAAAUAAGGGAUUAAAAAUGGAAAACUUUGAAAAAGUGGAGAAUUUAAUUUCAUUAGACAUUCGACAAAAUUUAAAAGAAAUAAUUGAAGAAAAAAAAGAAAUGCUAAUAAGUUAUUUUUUAAAUCGAAAUAAUUCAAAUUUAUUGUCAUUAAAAAUGAUACGAAUAUUUUAUCAAAUAUAUGGAGAUAAAAAUUGUAAGCUUUUGAAUUUUAUUUAUUGUAUCAUAAUAAAAUAUAUAAAUGGAAAAUAUAGCGAUAAUUUUAUUUUGGAAAAACGUCAAGUUAAAAUGUUGUUACAGAGUUUAUUUUAUGGAAAUGAAAUAAAUGUCCAAACACACUUUGAUGACAAUAGUGAUGAACAUAUUGAAGAAGAAAAAACAUGUUUAUCAAUGGAUAAUAAUAGAUCACGGUUUUAUAUAUUGGACAAAUAUUUAUAUAAGGAUAAUUUUUUAAUUUUUUUUUUAAAUUUAAAAAUUUAUAAAACAUGGAAAAUAUUCAAGAAUGAUGUUUAUUCUUUUAUUGAAGAGAAUGAUAAUUAUAAAAAUAUUAGUAUUGAAGAUAGUUUGAAAGAUAUAGAAUAUAAAAAUUUAAUUUUAAUACUAAAAAAAAUGUCAUAUAUUGUUUCUAAUAUUAAUGUAUAUAGAUUAUCAAAUUCGGAUAAAUGGCUAGAUAGCCAAAAUAUAAUUAUUAGCUAUAUUUUUAAAUUAAUAAAAAUAAAUAUUUAUGAUAAAUUAUUUGAUAAUGUUUGUUCAGAUGAUAUAUACAUAUCAUGUGAUAACAUUUUUAUAAGUAUAAAGAUCAUUUUUUUCUUUAGUUAUUUAUCAUAUUAUUUAUUUCCAUCUUUGUCUUUGCAAAGUUGUGAAGAAGAGAUAAAGAAACGGCAACAAACUAUAGAAUUAAAUAAUGUUGAAAAGGUGAAAAAAAAUUUAGACACUUAUUGUAUGAAUACUGAAUGGGUUGAAGAAAUAAGGUAUUCUAAUUUGUUUUCUUUUUUAAAAUCAUUUUUUACCACCACAAAUGAAACAGAUUUACAAAAUGGGUUUGAUGAUAUAAUAGUGCAGAUUAAUUUUUCAAAAAAUCUAUUUAAUUUAAUAUACGAUAAAAGAAAUUGUUUUUAUUAUUUAUCAGCUAUUAAUGGAAAUUUAGAUCAUACCAUUGAAUCUGUGGAUAAUGAUUAUAGUUUUAGAACCCAUAAAAUAAUCCAAGAAAUAUUAGAUAAUUUUGAAAGAAAUAUAGAUAUAAUUAAUUUCAAAGAAUUAACAAAUUUAUCAGUCAGAAAAGUUUUAAUAUUAUUUUCUCUUUCCAUUUUUAGAAUAUUCAAUAAUGGAAGAAAUAUAUUGAAGAGUCCAUUUUUGAAAUUGGGAAAUGGGGAUAUAAAGAAAUAUUCAAACUUUUUAAAUUAUUUUAUUUUAUUUAAUUAUUUUGUAUCUCAUUUGGAUGAAGAAAUAAAUACAGUAGCAAGCGAAGGUUUUUCAUGUAGUACUUACUACACAAUUUCGUUUUUGCUAGACAUAAUUUUGUGCUUCUAUGGGAUCGUUGAGAAUAUCGAAAAAUUUGGGGAAUUCCCUGAAUAUGCCAAAUUAAAAAAGGGAGAAGAAAAUAUUGAGGAAGAAUUUGAAAAAAAAAGUAACACAAUUUUGAUGGCAAUACGAAAUGAAUUAAAAAAUUUGAAUAAAAAAUUGAAACACACAAUUGAAGAAUUAUCCAAUAAAGGGGAAAAAUAUAUUUUUCCACAAACACAAAUUCUUAUUAACAAAAUUGAAAAUAAUAAUAUUUUUUAA